AAAAAAAAAAAAUUCGAGCCAGAAAUGUAGGUUGUUUUAGUUUUUGCUUAUCGAGGGAAAGUUGGACACAAUCUUGUUUGUGUUUUAUAAGGACACCAAACAGAGUUCUUGAAUAUAUAACUUAAACCUAAGAAUUGAUUCAGUGAGGAGGGACCAAUUCUUGCUUUGUUUCAACCAACUUUUUAUGACCUGUGACUAUUUUAUCGAGCAUUAGUCUGUGUUUACUGUUGAUCGGGAAAAUGCACAAAGCCACUGUUGACCACCAUUUCUACCUCAUAGAUUAGUAAUUAAAAAAAAUACAGAAGGCAUAACGAUGUGUUUUAAAUAUUUAAUUUAAUAAUUCGGAAAUUUUUCCAGGGGUGCAGCCAGGGCCUCAGCUGAAGUCUGUUUGGUCCUUGUAGUACCCAUGUCCUGCCAGUAAUCAUUAAAAAGAAAGAAACUCCUCACUUACUAACAAUAUUAUCAAUGAAAAUUACAAUUUAAGUUUAGUUCUUAUUUUCAAAACCGUUAAAAAAAACCUUUUCUAAAUGUGCUUCUUGCUGAGUAAGGCAUUGUUCCUAAUUAGCGCAAAGAGCUAAAACAAUCCAACAUUUGGCCUCUUCAGUCUUUUCAGCUCUCACCAUGACUUCUUCAGAGAACGAGCCGAGUUGCAAAUCGCGAGACCAGAACUGUCUCUCACUCAGAAGCCAUCAACUUCUGGAGAGGAAGAAACUGCUGUGUGUAAUUCAGGAGCUACGGGACCAUGUCGAGUUUGGACAAGGAAGCAAGGAAGUGGGAACGACUCAACAGGAGAUUGACAGCACUGAUGACAAACUGGCGCAACUGAGUGAGAGGAAGGCUGAGAUCCAAAACAGCCACGACCCCAUCCUCAGUGCCGACCGUGACAACGACAGCGCAAAGAAAGUGUCAUUCAGCACAGCAAGUCAGAAGACGGCGCCCCUCGAAUCGAAUUCUACCACAAUUUACUAUAUCACGCCUCCACCUUCGACCCCUGCCCCAAUAGUGAUUCUAGAAGCAGAAGACCUUCCAGCGUGUCCGUGCAGGACUCAGUGCCCCGAGUGUCGUCAGUACAUCGUGACAGAGACCUCCAAGUCCAUCAGCAGUGUGACCUGGCUGGUGUGUUUCAUGACAGCUAUGAUCGGGUGCGUGGCCGGUUGUUGCCUAAUUCCCUUCUGCAUGGAAUCAUUCAAAUCGACCACACACAGGUGUCCCAGGUGUCGCACUGUGAUCAACAUUGUGAAAAAGCUCUGAGAGGAAAAGCAUGGGGAGGAGAACUGAAGCUCAGACUGAGAGCUAAUGAUGGUUUCCCUUUUCUAAUCUGAUGUUGACUGAUUGUAUCAUAUGAGAUUUAAACCCAUUGUCUGUAUGAAUCUGUGAAAUGAUUGAAAUUGUGUCAAAGUUAAUUUCUCUCGGAGUCAACAGUGCUACAAGCUUUAUACAUUUGUUGUAGUUUUUAAUGGUAAGCGCUGAAGA